UUUGGGUUUGUCAGCAGCCUAGAUGAAGCUCACAGACGCAACUAUCAGAACUUUCAAACCGGUGAAAUAUUUCAAGGAGAAUUCUGACCGUAUCAACUCAUUGAGCUAUUCGAGUAAUGGCGAGACACUAAUUUCCAGCAGUGAUGAUGACCAGAUGGUGAUAUAUGAUUGUACAAGUGGGACACCAAAACGGACGUUGAACAGUAAGAAGUACGGUGUGAACCUUAUCCAGUUUACACACAGUCCGACUACUGCAAUACCAUCCGAUAUCUUUCUCUACAUGACAACAAAUAUAUUCGUUACUUCCAAAGCCAUACCAAAAAGUGAGCAGCCUUUCGUUAUUUAUCGAUUUAACCACUCUAGAGUCGUGUCACUUUGUAUGUCUCCUAUUGACGAUACGUUCCUAUCUGGCGCAAUGGAUUGUACAAUCCGUCUUUGGGAUUUACGGUCGCCUAAUUGUCACGGCGUCAUGCAUGUUUCUGGCCGACCGUGUGCUGCAUUCGACCCCGAAGGGCUCAUUUUUGCCGCUGGAAUCAAUUCGGAAUCGGUCAAGUUGUAUGACUUACGCUCGUUUGACAAAGGUCCAUUCGCCACAUUCAAAUUGGGUCCCGAAACAGGCGGGUGUGUUUGGACUGGUUUGCAGUUUUCAGCCGACGGAAAGACGCUUCUUAUCGCCACAAAUAGCAAUCACAUUCGUCUGGUUGAUGCUUUUAAAGGAACGCACCUGCAUACGCUAACGUUGGUUUCCAACGCGGAUCACCAAGCCCUAGAUGCGAGUUUCACACCUGACAGUCAGUUUGUGCUUGUUGGCUCUCCCGACGGUCUAGUCCAUAUUUGGUCCGUGGAGACUGGAGUACGCAUCGCUACGUUGCCUGGCUACGAAGCCGCCACGCAACUGCCAAACCCUGCUAUACAUACGUUGGCAUUCAACCCCCGGUAUGCGAUGCUUGCCACCGGUUCCAACCAAACAGCUUUUUGGCUGCCAAACAUUGAGGAAUAGACGUCCGAGGCGAUGGAUGUUUAUCUUAACUAUUCCUGUGUAUAUAUACAGUCCAUUUUGCUCCUACGUUCGGACAUUUGUACAUUUUUUCUCCAUUUCGUUGAUCUUUUAUUAACCGAAUUUCCUGCACGACAACGCGGAUAUCUUGCCCCGGUGGUAGGCUCCCUCUUUUGGGUUUUUUAUACAACAAGGCACCCUUUUCUAACUAGAGCAUCAAGCACACAACAUGGCUCUUGCCAAGUCGGUCCAUUCGCUCUGAAUUCAUUCUAUUUGAAGUUUAUUCUGAUUGUCCAAUUAAGAAAUCUGCCUGUAGAUUGUGAAGCUCGGCUCUGUGAAUCCGAAUGUACCUGGCUGCUUGGCGAAGUGCAUUUAUGUAGGAUAACACAACAG